UCUCGUCUCUCUCGCUCGCUAUAUACAGAGCAGGGGACGAGAGUGUCUUUGUGAUCGUUGUCGGAUGAGAGAUCGAUAGAUAGAAGAUGAGCUGCAACGGUUGCAGAGUACUGCGGAGGGGCUGCAGCGCCACCUGCAUCCUCCGGCAGUGUAUCCAGUGCAUCGACGGCGCCGGCGCGCAGGCUCACGCCACCGCCUUCGUCGCCAAGUUCUUCGGCCGCUCCACCCUCCUCUCCUUCCUCUCCUCCGUCCCUCUUCCCCGUCGCCCCGCUGCCUUCCGAUCCUUGCUUUACGAGGCGUGCGGCCGCACCAUCAACCCCGUGACCGGCGCCACGGGGCUGCUGUGGACCGGGAACUGGCACCUGUGCGAGGCGGCGGUGGCGACAGUGCUUGGUGGUGGAACCAUUCAUCCGCUGCCGGAACUGGCCGGCGCAGCCGAUGCGAAGGAGCUGUACGAGUAUCAAAGGAGAGGGGUCUCGUCCUCGUCCUCCUCCUCCUCGCCACCACCGAGGAAGAGGAGGAGAGAUUAUGAUGCCAAGAGACCUCCCACUCGCGAGCUGUACCCGAUGCCAGAGUCACCAGAUGGCGGCGGGGACAACAAGCGGCGGGCGUCGACGCCAUCGGCAACGUCAGCGAGCUCGGUGACAACGAUAAGCGAGGGAGGAUGUGGAGAUCAGACCGCAGCAGAGAAGCCGACGAUUCUAAAUCUCUUCGUAUGAGGACGCGUGGCUUCUCAAAGUCCCGUGUGGUGAAGAUGGUCGAACAUCACAUGCGCACAUCAAGCGAUGUUUUCUAAGCUGUAGUGUCUUUGUUAUCUUCUGAUCACUUAAUCGUAUCAUGAAAAGUGAUUGAUCGACUA